AUGACUUCACACAGCACGCUCAAGGCGACUUUCGCCAGUCGCGCCGAGACGGCCACCCAUCCGCUCACGACGUACCUCUUGCGAUUGAUGGACCUGAAGGCCUCCAACCUAUGCCUCAGCGCUGACGUUCCCACCGCCCGAGAACUUCUCUACCUGGCCGACAAGGUCGGUCCCUCCAUCGUCGUUCUGAAGACGCAUCACGAUAUUGUUGCAGGAUGGGAUUUCAACCCGCAGACGGGCACUGGAGCCAAGCUUGGCGCAUUGGCCCGCAAACACGGCUUCCUCAUCUUCGAGGAUCGCAAGUUUGGUGAUAUUGGAAAUACGGUACAGAUGCAAUACGUCGCGGGCUCUGCACGGAUAGUUGAAUGGGCGCACAUCAUCAAUGUGAACAUGGUCCCUGGCAAAGCUGCCGUUACUUCUCUUGCCGAGGCCGCAGCUAGGUGGAGGGAACGUUACCCUUACGAAGUAAGGACAUCGGUCACAGUCGGUACACCCAGGUCAGAAAGCUUCGACGACUACGACGAGGACCAGGCGAACGACUUACACUCUGCGGAACAUACCAUUGGCGCCCCUCGUCCGGCCGACGUUAACGGCCGCAAGGGCAGCAUCGUCUCCAUUACCACCUUGACGCAACAUUUCGAACCUGCCCCUUCCCCGAGGUUUCCCCGCAAUGAGUCGCACGGUGACGAUGUUCUCUACGCCGGCAUCGAAGAGGCCCCAAUGGACCGUGGUCUUCUGAUCCUGGCGCAAAUGUCGAGCGCUGGAAAUUUCAUGAACAAGGAGUACACACAGGCUUGUGUGGAGGCCGCCAGGGAGCACAAGAGCUUCGUAAUGGGAUUUGUCUCCCAGGAAAGUCUGAACACCGCGCCCGAAGAUGCCUUCAUCCACAUGACCCCUGGAUGCCAGCUGCCGCCCGAAGGUGACGAAGAGAAUGGAGGUGUCGCCGGGGACGGCAAGGGCCAGCAGUACAACACGCCUCAGAAGCUGGUCGAGCUCUGCGGAACAGACAUCGUCAUCGUCGGUCGCGGCAUCUUGAAAGCAGGCGAUCCCCAGUCGGAGGCUGAGAGAUACCGCAGAAAGGCCUGGAAGGCGUAUCUCUCUCGGGUAGCGUAG